GAUCCAAAGUCGUAACCAAGCCAGUGAAGAUGUUCAUCCAGAGUUUUCUACUGCUAUUGGCAAUUGGUUUCCUGUCUGCAGGACGAGUUCCUCGACCGGAGGAAAGGAUUAUCGGUGGGCAGAACAUUGAAAUCGAACAGGCUCCUUGGCAGGUGUCCCUACAAGUGAAUGGGAAACCCCAUUGUGGAGGCUCUAUUUACAGCAAGGACAUUAUCAUAACUGCUGCCCACUGCCGUUUUGAUAAAGAAAGACGCCGACUGGAGGCAAAAGAUUUCCUAAUUCGCGUGGGCUCGUCGUUGUUGAACUCCAAUGGAACCCUUGUCAAAGUGGCCGCCAUAAGGUCUCACGAGAGUUUUGACUUCAAAAGAAAUGGUUUCAACGACAUUGCUAUCAUGAGAUUGAGUGAACCACUUAAGUUCACCAGCAAAGUACAGAGUAUCCCUUUGGCCAAGAGGAAUCCUGCUCCUGGAACAGUUGCAAUGGUUUCCGGCUGGGGAGCAACAUCAGCAUUACCUUCACACAAUGGCUAUCCGGUGUUAUCAUAUCCUAUAAAUCUUCAACGCGUAUACAAUCAAAUACGAAAUCGGAAAUAUUGCAGUAUAUUUCCUACUAUGUCCAAGAAUAAUAUUUGCGCCGGAACUUAUGGAAAAACGACUUGUAGCGGGGACUCUGGUGGACCAUUGGUUGUUAAUCAAGAACUUGUGGGUGUCGUCUCAGGAGGGUUUAAAUUUUGCGAUGGUUUUUCAGUCUAUGCAAGUGUCCCUUCGUUUCGAUCCUGGAUUCUAAAUGCCGUUGCAUCUAUUUAAUCAAAAGUUUUGAAUUUUAAACUAAAGCAAAAAGAUAAAUAUGUUUCAUGUUUACCUUAUAUGUACCUUUUAUAAACGAGGGCGUAAAAAUGUAUAAAAUAAACAUUUCCAUCCAAAUAAACAAAAUGUAAAAUUUUCAA